AUGGAUACCACCAUGGAGGACGUCGGCCGCGUUCCCACUGACCUGCCCCCCAUGCCUGCCUCGGAGCCCGCGACGAUUGGCACCCUCGACGGCUGGAUCGAGAGCUUGAUGACCUGCAAGCAGCUGGCUGAGGCAGAUGUACAGAGACUUUGCGAGAAGGCGCGAGAAGUUCUGCAGGAGGAGUCCAACGUACAGCCAGUGAAAUGCCCCGUAACAGUUUGCGGCGACAUCCACGGCCAAUUCCACGACUUGAUGGAGCUGUUCAAGAUCGGCGGCCCCAACCCCGAUACCAACUACCUCUUCAUGGGUGACUACGUUGACCGAGGCUACUACUCGGUAGAGACGGUCACGCUCCUCGUGGCGCUCAAGAUCCGCUACCCACAACGCAUCACCAUCCUGCGCGGCAACCACGAGUCGCGCCAGAUCACACAAGUCUACGGCUUCUACGAUGAAUGCCUGCGCAAAUACGGUAACGCCAACGUGUGGAAGUACUUCACCGACCUGUUCGACUACCUGCCUCUGACGGCCCUCAUCGACAACCAGAUCUUCUGCCUGCACGGCGGUCUGUCCCCCAGUAUCGACACGCUCGACAACAUCCGCGCUCUUGAUCGUAUCCAGGAAGUGCCGCACGAGGGUCCCAUGUGUGACUUGCUCUGGUCUGACCCCGAUGAUCGUUGCGGUUGGGGAAUAUCCCCCCGUGGUGCAGGAUACACUUUUGGCCAGGACAUCUCCGAGGCGUUCAACCAUAACAACGGCUUGACGCUGAUCGCGAGAGCCCAUCAAUUGGUCAUGGAGGGUUACAACUGGUCGCAGGACAGAAACGUCGUCACCAUCUUCUCAGCACCGAAUUACUGCUACAGAUGUGGUAACCAAGCUGCCAUUAUGGAGAUCGACGAGCACUUGAAGUACACCUUCUUGCAAUUUGAUCCAUGCCCACGUGCUGGUGAGCCCAUGGUCUCUAGACGUACACCGGACUACUUUCUGUAG